UUGUCGUUGUUGAAUCUGUAAGUUCCGUUGAAUUCACUGCCAGCCAUCAUGGGUGCAGAUUCUCUGUCAUCCGAACCGCCUGAAACGCCUCGACUACCUGAAGAUCUCCAACCAGCAUCAAAAGCCGACUACACCCGGCAAGAGAAGGAACUUGAAUCUGCAUCGCAUGGAAAGGACACUACAGAUACUCCAUCUCAAGAUGAGCCAUCCAGCACGCCUGGCCGGAUCAUUGUUCUAUUGUUGGGUGUUUCUCUCAGCGUUUUCUUGGUUGCUCUGGUACAUGAACCAAAAAACUAUGCCGACUUAGUCUCAAGAUCCAUGCUCAUGCUUUGACAGGACAAUACCAUCCUGUCGACCGCGAUUCCCCGAAUAGUCGACCAGUUCAAGGCACUUGACCGGGUAAGCUGGUACGGCUCGGCUUACCUAUUGACCAAUUGCUCCUUUCAACUUGUGUUUGGCGCCAUGUACUCCUCAUUCUCCAUCAAGGGCAUCCUCCUGCUCGCCAUCUCGAUCUUCGAGAUUGGCUCUGUCAUUUGUGGUAGCGCACAAGGGUCUGUUGCCCUCAUAGUUGGUCGUGCUAUCGCUGGAGUAGGAGCGGCCGGGAUAUUCCAGGGCGCAUUCAUGGUUGUGGCCAUAACUGUGGCGCCGCAAAAGCGUCCAAUGUACAACGGCAUCUUCGGAGCGGUCUAUGGAGUUUCUUCCAUUGUUGCGCCUUUACUAGGGGGGGCAUUUACUCAACAUGCCAGUUGGCGUUGGUGUUUCUAUAUCAACCUCCCUAUUGGCGCAGUCACCAUAGCAACCGUUGUGCUGUACUUGAAAGUCCCAGAGGCUUCUGUCAAGGCGCCUCGUACUUUGGAAGAAUGUGCCGGUGCCGUGCGUAAGAUGGACCCUCUGGGGUUGCUUCUCUUCCUCCCUAGCAUCGUGAGCCUACUAUUGGCCCUUAUCUGGGGUGGCUCCGAAUACGCUUGGUCAAACGGACGCAUCAUCGCGCUAUUUGUACUCUUUGGAGUCUUGAUGGGUGCCUUUAUUUUCGUCGAAAUGCGUGCUGAGGAGCAUGCCAUCCUUCGCAGACAUUUGUUGCGUCAACGCAAUGUCUUGUGUGGAGGCCUUUUUGCGUUUCUACUUGCAGCAAGCAAUUUCAUGAUCGGCUACUACAUGCCAAUGUGGUUUCAGGUUGUGAAGGGGGUGUCGCCGACCAAAUCCGGAACAAUGAGCUUACCCACUAUGAUCUCUAUGGUGAUCACAUCUUUCAUCUGCGGCGGGGUUGUCAGCCGGACGGGCGAGUACUUGCCCUUCUUCUACCUUUCCAGCAUCAUCACCUCUGUUGGUGUAGGCCUCAUAUCGACCUUUCAGAUUGACACCCGCCACCCAAAAUGGAUCGGUUACCAGGUUAUCUUCGGCAGCGGGCUCGGCCUUGGAGUUCAGCUUCCUAUUACCGUUGCCCAGGUAUCGUGUUCCCGUGGUGAUAUUGCUGCAGCGACGUCCCUCAUGGUCUUUUGCCAGAUACUCGGAGGGGCGAUAUUCAUUGCUGUUGCUCAAACUGCCAUCACACAAAGUCUUCAGCACGGUUUGAGGCAGGCAUUGCCAGACUUGGCACUAAGACUACUGAAGAACCCGACCGCGACCCAGCUCGUCUCAGAAGUUGAUCCGGAAUUGGCUCCAGUGGUUCGACGUGUCUUUAAUGACGCAUUGAGAUCCGAAUGGCACAUUGCUGUAGGAAUGGCGGCCGGGACAAUAGUUGCCGUACUGGGCAUACAGCGAGUUAAAUUCGCAAAGGCGAAUCAAAACACAAGUCGAGAAGAGAAAUAGGCCUUUAAAAAUAAUCUAAGGGAUGCAGACAGUGACUGGUUAUUCAAUGAAAGUAUUCGCUCGUCUUUGAUAUCCCCACAGCGUAAGGAAAGAAAUCAAGAUUAGAAAAUUCUCAUGUAUCUUCCAUUCUCUCACACAUGAAGUGUGAUUAAUAGGC